CGAGUUUCGCGCCCAACUUCGCGAGAAGGAAGUCGGUUGGUGGAGGCGUAAAUUUCGCGGGAUUUCUGUUUUUAUUUUUUGUUUUAUUUCGCUUCAGUUUUUUUUCCGUCUCAAGCCGAAGCCAAAGGUGCGGGCGAACGUUGACGUAAAAUAACGCGCAGGAAAAUGGUGCACAGCAAGUUCACGAUAGGCGAGGAGGUGAUGGCGCGCUGGCCCGGCAGCUGCAUGUGGUAUAAGGUGCAGGUGCUGUCCUACAGCGAAGGAAGUAGCAUCUAUAACGUCAAGUAUGAGGACGGAACCGAGCUGGAGCUGGAGCCGAGCUCCAUCAAGAAGAUCGGGUCGUUCCGUACACCCCGGAAGUCUCGCUCUCGCUCGCGCUCCAAGUCCCCGGGUCGGCGAUCCAAUUCGCCCGGGAGGCGAUCCAAUUCGCCCGGGAGGCGCCCCCGCGCUCGCUCCCCAAUCCGUUCCCCCAAAGAGAACGAUGAGGAAGCCAAGAGCAGCAGGGCCACCAAGCGAGAAGAGGAGCCCAUCCAGACUACCACCAACCACACGGCCGUCAAGCAGGCUAUCACAAAAGUGAAGGAAAUCAGCAAAGAAAACAAUGGUGCGGAAACUGGGAAGCAAGCGGCCGUCAUCGUGAAGGAAAAGGUGAUGAAUGAGGAAAAGGCGAUGAAGGAGAAGAAGAAGAUGGGUGCCGUGGCGAGCGAGAGCAGCCCGUUAGUCAUUUACCGCCUCAGGAGUCGGCAGGGCAUCAAUCAGCCCAAGGAGACGCCCCCCGUGGAACUUCCCAAGUUGUCCUCAAAACCGGAAGAGAUCUGCCCUGAGCCGGGGCUCGGGGUGACGUUCGGCACGGCGCUGCUGCCGCUGGCUCUCCCGCUGGUGCUGCUCUACGUCCUGCAUGUGUGCUGCUCGGACGGCUGCAGCCUGCUGUCCCCCCCCGCCCCGCCCCCGGGCCUGGCCUCGCUGUGGGACAUGUGCACGUUGGUUCUCUGCCUUGGCUGGUGUCUCUUCCAGGCCCUGCUCUGCCGCCUGCCCCUUGGAAAUGUCACGGAGAGGGUGCCACCAAACACGGAGCAGCGGUUGAAGUACAGGCUGAAUGGGAUCCACGCCCUGGUGUUGAGCAUCGCAGCAUUCAGCCUCGCCAAGUACAAGGAGGCCUACGUUGCCUUUGUUCACGACAAGUUCCUGCAGCUGGCCGUGUCGGCUGUGCUGCUUGCCUACCUGCUCUCCGCGUACCUGUUCGUGCGCGCACGUUGUGCCUCGCACAUUGCUGUCGCCACUACCAGACGCCCCGGAAACAUCUUUUACGACUUCUUCUUUGGACGCGAGCUGAAUCCCCGGAUUGGAAACAUGGAUCUCAAGAGUUUCUUUGAAUUGCGGCCUGGAUUUAUUGGCUGGGCCAUCAUCAGCCUGGUCAUGGUUCUUCAAGACCUCCAGAAGAAUGAGGCGUUCUCGCCUGCCCUACUUCUCUACGUUGCCUUACAGUUCAUCUAUGUGGCUGACGUGUUGUGGAACGAGGAGCGCAGUCUAUCGACGGGCGACAUCCCGCACAAACACUUUGGCUUCCUGCUGGCCUUUACCAACCUGGCGUGGAUACCUUUUGCUUCGAGCCUGCCGGCCUACUACCUGGUACACCACCACCAGGAGCUCACCGCCUACUGGGCCGCAGCGAUUUGCCUGCUGUACCUUGUGGGCUAUGUCAUCUCCCGGAGGGCGCACACGCAGAAGAAUGCUCAGAGCGACAGUGCCGGAGAUCGUGGGAAAUCUGCUGACAGCCGGAGUUCACCGGUGCUGGGCUGGUGGAGCCGCCUGCGCCACCCGGAGCGUCUAGGCGAGCUCUUGAUGUUGCUUGCAUGGAGCCUGCCCUGCGGCUUCAGCCACCCACUGCCAUACGUCCCUGUCGCGUACUCCCUGGUGAUGCUGCUGCAUCGUGAGGCGUGGGGAUGACCGCCAGGGCUGUCCCAGCUCUCCGUCCUGUGUAUACUAACCUACUCCCCUUCGUCUGUGCGAGACAAACAUACACCUGUGUGUAAGUGGGAAUGUGCAGACAUGUGUAGUGUCUGCACGAGAGCUUCUGAGGUUUUAAAUUAUCUUUCCGCUAUUUAAUGAGUGGCAAAUAUUCAGUGUUUUUUCAAAGUGUUGCCAUUAAGGGUUGACGCAUCCGCAAUCAAAAGAGCUCUUGUAGACCCGUACCUGGGUUGCACGUCACAAGUUGUCCAACACAAGUUUUAAGAUUUCUUAAUGAGAAAAAGUAUUUUCAAGUGGAAUUCGGCGACACUGUAGUAGUGGGUCCAGUGAAAUUGCAGCAGGGUGACACAAGUCACUGCUGGAGUCCUCAGACAACUCGCCUGAAAGUCACUUGCAAUUUUUAUAACAAAGUUUUUUAUACUCAUGUUGGACAGCCUGGGUAGGUUUUUUUGGAUUGCGUCUUUUAUAUUUUUUUAAGUACGCAAGUAUUGUCACUGAUCUCAACUCGUUUCUGGCUUAGCAACACUCAAAACCUCUCGGAUUUUUAUUGCCUCUACUUUUUAUAAACACAAAACAUCAAUUUACAUCAUCA